GAUUUCCGCCAACCACCGCAUUUUCCAGGGCGAGAAGGGCUUGCCAGAGUCCAGCUGCUGUCUCUUCUAAGUUACUGAUUCUUUCUUCUUUCCUUGCGGUGUUGAGAAGUUGCAAAUGAAUAAAUACUGAUCAGAGUAUACUCGACGAAGAAUAGUGGUUCGAUCGAUCCGGUCCACAUUCCAGUUUGUUAUCUCGAGGGAAUCCACGGUUUGAAAGACGGGCGGACGACGGCUUUUUGGAAACGUUCUUGCUACCAUUAUAAGAGUUCCGUCUUGAGCUGCGUGCUCUUGACAGCUCGAUCUAUCUACCGACCAUGCCUCCAGUCGUCCAGUCAGUGGGGGACUUCCCCGGCAUUCCAGGACGAUCCAUUCUUGAUCUUAUCACCAACACAACCUCAUCCGCGUCACCGUCAUCAACGCCAUCGUCAUCAUCACUACCGGAUCAAAAUCUCAACCUCGACGCCCGUGAUGUCUCAUCGACAAUCGACGAUGGAAAGACCCUCGCGGCCCGCUCCGACUCGACAUCAACCUCGAAGCCAAUAUCCGGCCAAGGCACCGUGGCUCCCAACAGUAUCCACAUGCAGGGUCUACUAGCCCUAUUCGCAAUCAUCGGAGCCGCCUUCGUUCUCGCCAUCAUUUGGUUUUUCUUCUGGGCCAAGAACGGCGGGUUCAUCUGGCGGAAGGGCGAUUGGGAAGACUACAAGUCUACCGUUUUACGACGGAAGGGUCCCAAUGGUGAGACGUUGAGUAAUGCUACGAAGAGCACGAAGCUGGGUGGUGGGAGUAUCGUGCAUAAUGGAUACAGUGAUGAUGCGUACACGUACACGGAGAGUGGACUGGGAUAUACCGAUACUGCGACGACGAUUACGGAGAAGGGCGAGCCGAAGAAGAAGCGCAGACUCAAGGAGCGGUUUAUGCGUCGACGCCGGGACGACGAUGACGACGUUAUCCAAGAGGAAAGAGAAAGGGAAGACGAGGACGUGCUCGCGUAUCGCCAGGAGAAAGCCGCUCGGGUGGGCGGCAUGAACCGCGAAGCAGAGGGAACCUACCACGGCAGCGACUACGACACCUCCAACCCACCGAGCUACUUCAACCAGAGCGAGAUGAGCGAAGCUCGCGACUACGCCUACCACAAACCGCCCCGACAGAGCAGACAGAGUCGCGAUUUCUCCUUCACGCCCGGAACCGAGGACGUCCUCAGCCAGACGACGGGAGACCGUGAAACCGCCCGCGCAUCCUCGACUCGACGCCACAACCGUCGUCGUGAGCGCCGUCGUAACCCGCCUCCUCCGUCUACGUCGUCUCGUCAAAGCAGCCCCCGCAAGCGUGAGAGACGCUCCGUGCAUGGUCACUACACUGAGCCUUUGGACUUUUCCUCCGCCGGAACGAGAUCCGAGUACCAGUACUCCAAUGUCGAGACGGAUGAUGGAUCGGGGACGAAGAGCUACCACCACCCCCUCGGCAAAGGAUACCGACGUGACGGAGGACGGAGUCGACGAAGAGAUAGUUUGAGUGACAGUGAUGGUGAGGGGACUCGGUAUUCAUGAGUUUGAUACCUCACUCACGCUCACUGAUCAUCUUUCUGAUACGCUGCUGGAACGAAUGGACGUUUGUUUUAGUCUUUUGUUGUGCUUUUUUGAAUUUGAAUUUGUAAAUAAUGAUGCUUACUUCACAUGAACUACGGAACAAGAAUGAUGGAUAUGCAAACGGAAUUUUUUUAUGGGAAAUGGCACGAAUCGCUGGGAAUGGAGUCUACUUAUGGUUAUCAAUGAUUGAUGUGAUAAUGCGAUUUUAUCGAUUUGAAUGUAUGUACAGAUUACUUAGAUAAGAUAUAAACUUGAAUUUACUUGAUCG